ACCAGGGUCUAGGACCCCGCAAUUCACUCGGAAGUAAGCCGAGGAUAUAAAUUUAAAUUUACAACUCUUCCGUCCCGUAUCACAAAAAACAACAAAGUCGGGACGCAAGCAUCACAGCCCUGCAGCGCCGAAGAAGUGACCUGCAGACAAGCACGCGAAUAUGCCUCCGCGAACCGACUUCCCGCCCGUCCGGGCCUGUCUGUUCGACAUGGACGGCCUGCUCCUCGACACGGAGGAUCUCUACACCCUCUGCAUCAACCUGAUCCUCGAGAAGUACCAGCGGCCCAAGCUGCCGUGGUCCAUCAAGGCCAAGCUGCAGGGCCGCCCCGGCCCCGCCGCCACGCGCAUCUUCCACGAGUGGGCCCAGCUGCCCAUCGACUACGACGAGUACGCCAAGCAGUACUACGCCCUGCAGCAGCAACACUUCCCGGGCACCCAGCCCCUGCCAGGCAUCCCGAAGCUGCUCAGCGACCUCGGCCGGACCCGCUACUGGGAGGAAGCAGACCCCAAGACCAAGGUGGCAGCGGCAGCGGCAGCGGCGGCGUCGUCCGCAUCCACGACCCCUCAGCGCGUGCACAUCGCCCUUGCGACCUCGUCGCACGCGUCCAACUUCCGACUCAAGACGUCGCACCUAUCGGAGCUCUUCUCCGUCUUCGAGACGCCGCGCCUCGUUCUCGGCGACGACGCCCGCAUCCCCGCCGGCCGCGGCAAGCCGCUUCCGGACAUCUACCUGCUAGCCCUGCGCACCAUCAACGAGUCCCUCCCACCCGGCGAGCGGCCCAUCCAGCCCGACGAGUGCCUGGUCUUCGAGGACAGCGUGCCGGGGGUCGAGGCGGGCCGGCGGGCCGGCAUGCGCGUCGUCUGGUGCCCGCACCCGAUGCUGGGGCGCGAGUACGCCGGUCGCGAGGCCGACGUCCUGGCCGGGCUGACGGGCGAGGCCGGCGAGGGCGUCGACACGCACCAGCUGGGCGAGCGCGGCGACGGCUGGGCCGACCAGCUGGAGACGCUCGUCGAUUUCCCCUACGGGCGAUACGGCAUCGUCGUGCCCCCGCCCGAGGUCGAGGGCGACGACCGCAUGCGUGCCAGCGGCUGUGUCGCGGACGGGGAGGUCGUCCAGGUCGUCGAGGGCGCGUCCCAGGGCGUGCCGGCCUGAGUGAGACCUUCGUCGGUCGUUGAAAAAAGGGAGAGAAGUACGUACCGGAUCUGGCCAGAUCAGAGGAGGGUUACGGCAUGGAGUUGCGGCCUGGAGUUAGGGAGAUGGAGGAGUUUACCGCAUUUCUGCCUCUUUGUGCAUCGCGGGCGUCUUGAUUUCGUUCAUGUUAUCAGACGAUUCACGAAUUUUCGUUCUCCCAUCCAAAAAAAAAAAAAAAA